AUGCAUUGUCAUCUAGAUUUGAGGACUCUUUUGGCCCAUCCCCAAGCCUCUGAGAAGAGUUCAAAGAAGGAAGAACUGAUAUUCUUAGAUAAGAGAGCAAUUUUUACCAUAGUUUUCGGAUUGAAGUAUGGGAAGGCUAUGUGA